AAUCUGCUGUUUGUGGAGGGGCUGACUGGGGAGGGGAUUAGGUGGGAAUGAGGCUGGAGUAGACUGAGGGGAGACUGUGCUGUCGUGUUCAGGCACUCGUGUGAUCAGGCAAACUUGACCACAGAACGUUUAAUUGUAUUAAAUAAUGUUGGAGUGGGUAUUUUACUUCAAAAAGCCUCAGGUUUGAGGCAAGAACAUAAAGAGCUGGAGGGGAGCAUCCCAGUCUCUCCAGCACACAGAUUAUAUUUAGACUUAUUUAUUUACUUAUUUUUUACUGAAGUAUAGUUGGCGUACAAUAUUAUAUUACUUUCGGGUAUACAACAUAGUGAUUCUGUAUUUUUAUACUUACGCUCCACAUAAAGUUAAUAUAAAAUAUUAAUUAACUAUAUUCCCUGUGCUGUGCAUUACAUUGGUGUAUCUUAGUUAUUUUAUACCCAGUAGUUUGUACCUCUUAAUCCCCUUCCCCAUCUUGCCCCUUCCCCCACCCCUCUCCCCAAUGGUAAACACUAGUUUAUUCUCUGUGUUUGUGAGUCUAUUUCUGUUUUGUUAUAUUCCUCUGUUUGCUUUAUUUUAAAUUCCACAUAUAAGUGGAAACAUACAGUAUUUGUCUUUCUCUGUCUGACUUACUUCACUAAGCAUAAUCCCCUACAGGUCCAUCUAUGUUGUUGCAGAUGGAAAGAUUUCAUUCUUUUUUAUCUUUUUCAUUCUUUUUUUAUGAGUAAUAUUCCAUUAUAUCUACCUGUCUAUAUAUAUAUGACACCUUCUUCAUUCAUCUGUUGAUGGGCACUUAGGUUGCUUCCAUAUCUCGGUUAUUAUCAAUAAUGCUGCUAUGAACAUCGGGGUGCACACGUCUUUUUGAAUUCGUGUUUUCAUUUUCUUUGGAUAUAUACCCAGGAAUGAAUUGCUGGAUGAUAUGGUAGUUCUCUUUUUAAUUUUUGAGGAACCUUCAUACUGUUUUCCACCGUGGCUGUACCAAUUGACAUUCCUGCUAUCAGUGCACUAGGGUCCCCUUUCUCUACAUCCUCGUCAACAACACCAGUUGUUCCUUGUUUUCGGAUGACACCAUUCUGACAGGGGUGCUCCGUGCUUCCUGUACCUGAUAUCUGUUUCCCUUUUCGGGUUAGGAAAGUUUUCAAUUACAAUUUCACCAAAUACAUUUUCUACCCCUUUCUCUCUCUUUUUCUGGGACCUCUACCAUGUGAAUGUUAGCACACUUGACCUUUUCCCAGAGGUCCCAUAAACUCUCCUCAUUUUUUUAAAUGUGUUUUUGUUUUUGCUGUACUGAUUGGAUGAUUUCCACUAGUCUGUCUUCUGUGUUCUUCUACAUCGCCUAAUCUGCUCUUAAUUCCUUCUAGCGAAUUUUUCAUUUCAGUUAUCGUAUUCUUCAGCUCUGACUGGUUUUUGCAUUUUCUAAUUCUCUGCCGAAGUUCCCACUGUGUUCAUCUGUUGUUUACCCAAGUUCAGUUAGCAUUUUUAUUACUAUUGCUUUGGACUCUUUGGCAGGUAAAUUAUUAUCUCUUUCAUUAGGGGUUUUUUCCUGGGGUUUUAUCUUGUUCUUUCAUUUCCUUUGUUUUCUCAUGUUGUUUGACUUUCUCUGUGUGUCUCUAUGAAAUUAGGUGAAACGGUUACCUGUCCAGGUCUCAAAGGCAUGUCCUUGUGGGUAGCAACCCUUUGCAGUGUGCCUGUCACCAGUGGCUUUGGUGGGAGAGCUGGACGUGAAGUGAGCGGGGACCGCUUCUUCUCCCACAGUGUGCUGGCGGCCACCACCUUGGUGGGAAGCAAGGCUGGAGGCAGAGGGCUAGAGCCAGAGCCAGGUGCCAGCCAGGGCUUCUCCUCGGCUCAGGGCUAGUUGUUAGCCUAUUGUGGGAGGAGUCAAGGACCAAGGGGCUGGGCAGGAGUCCUAAGGGAGUUGGGCUUCCCCCAGAUGUGAUGACAGUCUUCACCUUGGCUGGGGGUGUGGCCAGGGCCUGAGAGCCUGAGGCUGCACUUCUGAGCUGCCUCUACUUUUUCCUCAGUGUGUACCCCUUGGUUAGAGGCAGGAUAGAGAGCCAGAGGGGUUGGAGCCACACACCGGAGCUCUCUCUGCUCCUUCCCUGGUGCACAUAUGCCCACUGGCAAUGGCAGCCUCGGCCUUUGUGGGGGGCAGUGCUGGAGCAGUAGGGGCUGGAAUGGGAGCCUGGAGAGGGCUGGGAGGUGCUCUGGGGCGGUCCCGGCAGGCUGGCCAGAGCACCAGGCAGUCUUCAAUGUACUGCCUCUGCACUGGGACUGAGAGCAAGCAUGCUUGUGCUCUUCAAGACCAGAGUGUCAGGUUCUUACAGCCCUCCAGUAAGCCCUACUGAUUUUCAAACCAGCUAAGGGGGCUCAUCUUCCCAGUGUCAAGCCCAGGCCUGCGGUGCCUAGUAGGUGGCUCAAACCCCCCACUCCGCAGGGAGGAUCCCCAAGCCUGGGAUAGCCCCUUCCACUUCUAGGUCCCCACUAGGGACUCAGGUCCCAACUAGAUUGCGUCUCCGCCCCUGUACCAGACUCCACGUGGUCCUUUCUUUACAGCCUUGAUUGUGGAAAAGCCAUUUUGCUAGUCUUCAGGUCAUUCUCAGAGAGAGUUGCUCUAUACGUAGCUGUAGCUUGGAUGUGUUCAUGGGGGCAGGUGAGCUCGGGGUCUCCCUCCUCCACCUUCUGGAUCCCACCUCCUAGACGUAUUAGGACGAGCCAAAUUUUGUGGUUUUCUGAGCACAGAGUCAGGAGCUUUCCAGGUCAGCUUGGGAAAAAUGUCUGUUUUCUGAUUUCCAAAACCAAAAUUCCAAGUUUCUUCUUGUUUCCCAGGCCAACAACCCUAAGGCAGGUCCUAAGUCAGUGAGCAAACCUUCUUGUUCUCAGGGUUUGACAAACCCCCCACCCCCGGCUGCUGAACCUCCUGGGAAAACUUACUUUCUACCACUUACGUCACUGACGUAGAAUUACCUGGGAAAAUGAACAUCAAAAGCUUAUUCAUUGACAUAGAGUAAGUGUUGUCAUCUCCCCUCUGCUCUGUGCAUUUCGAGGCCCUGAAAAGACAGCACAAGCUCACCGGGUGUUCUCAUAGUAUCGUCCCAACCACAGACCGAGCUCUUCCACUGUCUUCCCUAAAUUCUGAUGCUCGGAGAGGGCAGGAACUAUGACAUUUUCACUGUGGUGUCACCAGCAUUUGGGGCUUUGCCUGACACAUAGUAGGUAGUUUUACCUAUGAAUGAAUAAUGAACGAGUGAACGAAUGAAAAAUAACUUGUGCUGGGGACACUUUCAGGGAAUCAUGAGAGGACAGAAAACAGCAAGAGAUGAAGAAAACGCCUAUGGCAUCCAGGGGACCCGGGUGCCAGGAUAUGUGCUUUCAGGUUCGGGAGCUUACAGAUCAUUGGUGCUCACAGGUUUAGAAGCCCGCGAGUCUGCCCUGCAGGAGCCCAGGCUGCGGCUCCUCCUGGCCGGGAGGUCAGGGACUGGGAAAAGCGCCACGGGAAACAGCAUCCUGGGCCAGAAGCGCUUCCUCUCCAGGCUCGGGGCGACGUCGGUGACCCGGACCUGCGCCACGGGCAGCUGCAGGUGGGCCAAGUGGGACGUGGAAAUCAUUGACACCCCGGACCUCUUCAGCUCCAAAGUCUCCCAGACAGACCCGGGCUGCGCGGAGAGAGCCCGCUGCUACCUGCUCUCGGCGCCGGGGCCCCACGCCCUGCUCCUGGUGACCCAGCUGGGCCGCUUCACGGCCCAGGACCAGCAGGCCUGGAGUGGGGUAAAGGCGCUGUUCGGGGACGGCAUCGUGACGCGCACCAUCGUGGUCUUCACCCGCGAGGAAGACCUGGCUGGGGGCUCGCUGCAGCAUUACGUGCGCGACACCGAGAACCGCGCGCUCAGGGAGCUGGUGGCCGAGUGUGGGGACCGAUUCUGCGCCUUCGACAACCGAGCCGCCGACGGGAAGCGGGAGGCGCAGGUAAUGGCGCUGAUGGGGCUGGUGGAGGAGCUGGUGAGGCACCACGGCGGCGCCCCCUACACCAACGACCUGUACAGCCUGGCGCAGGCCCUGGGGGGCGCGGACCCCGCGGAGAGGCUGCGCAGGGUGGCGGAGCGAGUGGCCUUCUGCGAGCAGAGGCGGCGGGAGCGCUGGCCGCUGACCGGGCUGUGGCGGUGGCCCAAGGCGCGGGGGAACUGGCGUAAGCUGGGCGUGUGCACCCUAAUGGGCGCCCUGGUCCUGCUCUACCUGCUCUACAGGCACCGGCCAGAGGCCGUGACAGGCAGCAGUUUCGCCCCAUCCGGAGGGGGUGUCCCCAGCUGCGGGGACAGGGGGCGCACUACGUCAGCCCCAUUUUCCUUCUUGCCCUGCAGCCGUGCCCUGGAACCUUCGGCCGCGCGCUCGCGCCGACCCGCCGGCACCCAGCCCGCAGCGCCGCGCCUGAAGAGAAUGGAAGGGCUUCAGAGGAGCAGAUACGGGACUAUGGCUGAAGGCGGGAUAGAAAAUAAGCUGUUUGCAACCUCGUCCUCAUUGAGGAUCAUCCUGGUGGGCAAAACAGGCAGUGGGAAGAGCGCCACCGGGAACAGCGUCCUCUGCCAGCCAGUGUUUGAGUCCAGGCUGGCGGCCCAGUCGGUGACCAGGAAGUGUCAGGGCGCAACGGGCACGUGGGAUGGGAGGAGCGUCUUGGUGGUGGACACGCCCCCCAUCUUUGAGGCAAGGGCCCAGGACCAAGAGGCGUACGAGAACAUCGGGGACUGCUACCUGCUCUCGGCCCCGGGGCCUCACGUGCUGCUGCUGGUGACCCAGCUGGGGCGCUUCACAGAGCAGGACGUGGUGGCCGUGACCAGGGUGAAGGAGGUCUUUGGGGCGAGAGCCCUGAGACACACGGUCAUCCUCUUCACCCACAAGGAGGACUUAGGGGACGGAUCCUUGCAUGACUACGUAGCAAACACAGACAACGUCAGGCUGAGGGCCCUGGUCCGGGAGUGCGGGCACAGGUACUGCGCCUUCAGCAACCAGGCCUCCGGGGACGAGCAGAGGAAGCAGCUGGCCGAGCUGAUGGCCGUGGUCGAGGGGCUGGAGAGGGAGCUCCAGGGCGCCUACCUCAGCAACGACCUCUUCUUUGAUGCACAGCGGCUCCAGCAGGGCGGGGGCGACCCCCAUGGAGAAGGUCACGUGCGCUACCUGGCCAAGGUGCGGUCGCAUAUUGCAAAGCAAAAGCAAGACCUGAGAGAGGCCCAGAGAAACGGCGCCUUCAAGGCGCUCCUGCGAGUCAAACACUGGAUCGUUUCUCACAUCGGAAUAUUUGCUGUUUUUGUUAUAUGCUUUUUGAGUCUGCUUGCCAUUUUAAUUAGCUUGUGUAGCACUCGCGAAUGCUGAGCAUUUUCAGAUGAUACCUGCCAUCAGCUUCCAUUUUUUCAGAGUCAGUAUCUUUGUCUAUGUUGAUAAGGAACUUUAUUUGCUUUUCGUGUAGUUUCACUUUCAAUUUCCCUUCCUUGCACCAGACACACCAUCCAUUUUCUUCAGUUGCUUUUUAGGUAAAUAAAAUCCAAAGGAAAAUUCCCUUUUUGUUUUGUUAAAAAUGGUGAAAGCAAAUAAUAA